CGUUGUUUAUUUCAUGUGCUGCAAAUUUAACUAUCAAUCGGAGAAUUUUUCUUAACACUUAAACUAAGUUUCGUAAUCUUUUAAAUUUAAGAGUGUUCAAAUCAAAAUACAUAAGGCUUUGCCAUUAAAAAAAAAAAUUUCAAAAAGCUUUCAUACUUGUUUGAAACUAGGUUUCAUUCGGAUAUUAAAAAUUUUCAUGUGGAUUUUGAAUCGGGUCUUUCCAAGUCAAAAUGAGUUUAGCUUUGAUAUAUAGAAAUCUCCAAAUAUCCAAAAACUAAUGUAUUUGAGACCGAUUUGGACAUUUGUAAUAAAAGUAACAAUUUUAACCGAUUCAGUUCGGGUAUUUUAAGUUUAAACUAAAAAUAAUCUAAAAAUAAUCAAAUAACCAAAGUAAUCAUAUUACUCUAUUUGAUUCUUGCUCCGUUCUAAUAUAUAAAAACCUAAAAAAUAUUUAAAAACUUUUACAAUUAAUUAUAUUACGACACAUAUAAAAUAUAAGUAUAUGAUAUUUUUUUUAAUCAAUUUAUACAAAAGGAAAAAAAUAGCACCCGCAUAGGCAUAGGCAUGCUGUUCAAUCUCUGUAUUAAAAAUUGUAAUCAUGGUGAAGCCCAAAAUGGCCAACUAAUUAUCCAUCAGGAUCCAACAAAAAAAAAAGUAAAUUUUUCUUGGGUUAAAAACCGUACCGUACGGUACCGGUACGAUAACAAAAACUGGUUUACACCUCUCUCUCUCUAUCUCUAUCUCUAUCGAACAGUGUCUUCUUCUCCACUAGCUAACGUUGCUUUCGUCCCUACUCAAAUUAGCUACGGAGUUUUUUUUUUAUCUCUCAGACAAGACAGAGACAGAGACAGAGACAGAGAGAGAGAAACAGAGUCUCUCUUAAAAACAACAAUACCUUCUUGGGGAAAGCUCUGUAAGAAAGAAAGACUGAACUUCUCAGACUCUUUGGCCGCCGUUGACGCACCUUCCUCGCCGGCGAUAUAUGCUCGCUUACUGACAAAUUUCAAACCUUUAUCUACUCAACCCUCUCUCUCCUUCUUCUGAGAUUGAGGCGGUGAGCUUCCGUUUAUGGAUCUGACCGGAGAAUUUGGAGCUAGAUCCGACAGAGGUGAACGGUGCCGGGAAGUUACAGGGCUUGAAUCGCUUCAUCUCGGAGAUGAAUUUCGACAAUUAGCGCUACCUCCGGAGAACACCGGCGGGUUCACGGCGUUGCUUGAGCUUCCGCCUACACAAGCCGUAAACCUUCUCCGUUUCACUGAUUCGCCGUCUUCUUCUUCUCAAGCGGCGGCCGUCACCGGAAUCGCUCCAACACCGCCGCUUCACUCUUACGGGACAUUGACUUUUCCUUCUAACUCACUCCUCAUGGAGCGAGCAGCUCGUUUCUCCACUGAGCAUCAGCAAAACGGUAACGUUUCCGGUACGAGCUCGGUACCUUCAAACUCCAGCGUCAAAACCGAGCCUGCUGAGACCGAUUCAUCUCAAGCCGUGAACAGUCGAUCUGGCAAGAGGAAAGAUUCCGACAAGAAGGCUAAAAGCUCGACGAAGAAGAAGAAGAACAAAAGCUCUGAAGAGAACGAGAAGCUGCCUUAUGUUCAUGUUAGAGCUCGCCGUGGUCAAGCAACCGAUAGCCAUAGCUUAGCAGAACGAGCAAGAAGAGAGAAGAUUAAUGCACGAAUGAAGUUGUUACAAGAACUUGUCCCAGGCUGUGAUAAGAUUCAAGGUACAGCUUUGGUGCUGGAUGAAAUCAUUAACCAUGUCCAGUCUUUACAACGUCAAGUAGAGAUGCUAUCAAUGAGACUUGCCUCAGUAAACCCCAGAGUCGACUUUAAUCUAGACACUAUAUUGGCUUCAGAAAACGGUUCCUUAAUGGAUGGGAGCUUCAACGGUACAGCAAUGCAGGUUGCUUGGCCGCAUCAAGUGACUGAGACCGAACAGUCCUAUCAUCACCGGCAACUGCAACAACCGCAACAAUGGCCUUUUGAUGGCUUGAACCAGCGGGCUUGGGGAAAAGAAGAGGAUCAAGAUCAUGGCCAAUGACCACAACAGUUUGAUGGUGGGUUCUGCUAAUUUGCACCCAAGUCAGGUUAAAAUGGAGUUGUAAGUUUGGGGAAAAACGAUAAUAGAUUAUGAAUGUGUAUAUAUAUCGUGUAAGCUUUGUAUACAAAUAGAUAUCUGUUAAGAAGGUAUCAAUCAUUUCAUUCAGAGAGACAAAACUGGUGGUAUAUGAUUAUUUCGUACUUUUACCAGAUUUUCCCAGUGUAGUAUUUACUUUUUCAUCUAAUUGCACAUGUGAUUGAAGUC